AGCAGACACGUCGGCUUGUUUGGAAAGUGCAAAGGGCGUCAGGGCAAGCUGCUAGCUGCAAAUCUGAAAAAGGGAGAGCACAUGGUUGUGUACGGCAACUAGAGUUGGUCAACUAUAUAUGUUUGACAUUUAAGCACAGGAACCAGUUAUCCAUCACCUAGGGGAUUAAUAAAGUCAGGUUGCUAGUAAACAAAAUGUAACGUUAGGUUGGAACUUGGCCAGGUGCCGAUUAGCCUACUGUAUCAGGUGGUUUGUUUUGUUCUUAGUUGUUCAGUAUUUGUAACAUUUUACUGUUCAGCGAGAACUAGCGCUGUCUGGAAUAAGAAAUCUUCAAGUUUCUUCCUAAGUAUGGAAUCGGAGUCGUGGCUGAGCUGUGAGAAGACAGCAAUACUCCAGGGAGGGUUUCUUCUGGCAGAGAAGCUCUGCAAUGCUGGGAAGCUGUCUGACCUCAGAAAGGAGGAGUGGGGAAGAGUGGGUCACCCCGUCCGCCAGGCCGUCAUUAGCAUCUGCGGAGAUGGUUGUGGGGGCAGCCAAGACCAAGUCCUCUGGAGAAAGAGGAUUGUCUGCAUCCUGUGGGGCAAGCUGUUGGAAAUGGAAGAAGGAAAGGACAUUGACUCUGCUUGGAAAGAGAACCCUUUUUUCUCCGUGCAGAACGCCCUCCCCCAGGUCAACCGUGUAGUGCUGUACGAGUUGAUCAAGUCAAUGGGCUUCUUCAAAGUUUACGUAGAUUUGCUGCUGUGUUUCCCACCGGCAGGCCUGUGCUCAGAGCUAGCAAAGCUAGUUAAGCACAUCAUGGCUGAUAGCACAAAGGAGGAUACCCAGCUCCUCAUGGAAGUGUGGUGGGACCUGUGGAAGGCCAGUGGCAGGCAGGAGCAAGCCCUGGAUCAGGUCUUUGCAUCCCAGUGCAGCCAUUACACUACGCCCUGCACUCAGCUCUCAUACCAGACCUCCCAGCGUGUCGAGCCUGGUCCAAACCAAGCUUUGACCUCCUCCUGUGUGCAAUCCAUUCUUUUCAGUGCAAUUGAGGAAAUGAGAGGGCACAUGUCCUCUGACAUGUGUCCUUUUGCCCUCUCCAUCUCCCUGGACACUUUGUACACAUCAUUCUUGCUCGACCAUGCGGUAAACAUCAGCCCCAAGCUGUAUCUUCAAAGCCUUUCAAGGGCAGUAUGUAUAAUAGAAAGACAAGCCAGCAUGGAGGGUUGUGACCUGAUGGAGAUCAUCAAGGAGGAACAGCGAGAACUUGCCGCCACACACAGACCGCCACAGUUCAGGCCAUGUGGAAUGACUUUGAUGGACGCUGUGCGUACCUUGUUGACCAUUUGUAGGGCCUGGGGGGAGGAGGGGCUGCUGAAGAUACCAGAAAGUGAAGGUCCCCAUAAAAAUGCCCUCUGUCUUACUGGGAGUCUGCAUCGAAUGAUCAAGGCAUUGGACGAACGCACAGCAUAUGAGGCUCUGACUGAAGCAGAGAGGCGGGAUGUAGAUGAGCUGAGUUGUACUUUGAGGAACCUUGCGGAGUCACUUUCCGUCCCUGAUCUGCAGUGUAACUCUGUGGACAUGGUCCGUGUUGCUGUAGCAAUCAUUGAUCAGCGUCUUGAGAGAUACCAAGAUAUCGCUCAUUUAUUUGCCUCUGAAGUAAACUGGGCCUUAAGUAGCAACGAGUGGAUUGGCUGCCUGAAGAGAAAUAAAGAUGCCUUUCUGCACAAAGACCUGCUGCUGAAAUUAGUCUCCAUCCUUGUGGCCAACUGCCAAACUAGCACAGAUAUUGUGCAGUGUAAAAUGUUAAAGGAAAUAAUUUUGGAUAUUUUCUCUGGCCUUCCACCACAAGGCAAGAAUGAGGCCCUGGCUGCAGUACUUGGUUCCUGGGGAAAGAGCGGGCUGAACGGGUCUCUGCCCCUCGCCGUCUCUGAGGGCUUCAGUGAGGAGCUCAACUUAUCCUUCAACAGUCUUAUUCAGAGCAAGGCUGAGUCCGACUUGGGCCUUGCGGUAUCUGCUGUGGCCCGGGUUGCUCUCCAGGAUCCCCAAGCCACCCUGAUCAGAUGCUGUCAUAUGGCCGUGAUGAACCUGGGAGCCGAAACUCUCCUGGCCAAAGUUCUCCAGCAGCUUCCUGGAUUAAUUUAUCCCCAGCACUCUGGUGUGGAGGGGCAGAACCUGGUUCGGGGGGAGCUGCUGUGCUCCUGUCUACAGGAAGCUGUUCAGGGCAAGCUGGCUACACCUCGAGAAGAGGGGCAGUUCCUUAACUUCCUUGCCACCUUAAUGCAGUUGAAUGUUGUGACUGAGACAAAAGAGGAAAGGCCAAGUGUGUUACCCCCUGAGAAUGUGGUUCACGCCUUUGUUCUGCCUUACCUUUCAGCUUCUUCCCCUCAGUCCUGUAGCUUGGAACUAUGUCUGCAGGUGCUUCUCUCUGCCCUGAAGCAGGAAGACUGCAUUGGCUCUGCUCAUUGGCUGAUGAGCUGCAGCCCUUUCCCCCUCCUUGUUGCUCUCUGUCAGCUCCUGAACGACAGCUACGCAUGUUGGGAGGAGCCAGCGGAGGGCAGCCGUUGCGUGUCCAUGGAGUCAAAGGAGAUGCUCAUUGGUGCUCUGAAGGUGAUUGACGGGGUGGUUGGCAGGGAGGUAGCUGCAGCUCCUGGUGUCUGGUCUAGAGCAGUCUUCUGGCUCCACAGUAAACUGGAAGGGCUCGAUUGGACUGUUUACUUUAAUCUGAAAUCGAUUUUUGGAGGACACUUUAAGAACGAAGUUCCGUGUUCCUUGUUUGCCGUGUGUGAGCUGUCAGACCGGGAGUGGUCUGGGCUGGAGCUGCCCCAGUACGGACAGGGCACGGGACUGCUGGCCUGGGUGGAGUGUUGCUGUAUGCCUGGCCUACGCGAAACCAUGUUGAGCAGCUUGGCUCUGGACCAGAACUGUCCGGACCAGGUCACCAUGUUCGGCAAAGGCCUCCUGGUGGCGGUGACAGAGACCCUGCCCUGGUGCACCGCGGAGGAGUGGCGGACGCUGCUGGGGGUGCUGGGAGAGCUGCUGGAGUCGGGGAGGCUGUAUGUGCCGUACUCCCUGGAAUACGUGGAAUUCCUGCCGCUGCUUGACCUUCGAUCCUUCGCCUGCGAGCUUCGCCUGUCUGUGCUGCUGCUGCGCAUGUUCCAGCUGCUCUGUGGGGCUAGCUGCGCCAACUGGCUGCCGGCCAGGGGCUGGGCGCACGCGGGCCAGCUCUACGCCAGCGCCGUCCGGGAGACGGUGGCGUCCGUCAAGGGGAAGCUGCCCGUCCCGCCCCCUGCUCUUCCCAGAGGCCCAUGCGUGGGGCAGGAAGGCCUGUUUGUUCUGACCCAGCUCUUCUGCCAUGUGCUGCAUGUGCUGGUGAUGCUCCCGGGGGGUACCGAGCCUCUCUUCCUGUGUGCUCUAGAGAUUCUGACUCUGUACCAGUCCAUGAUGGCCGCAUAUCCCACCAGCAGCUCCGGCCUGAACCGUAAAAACACGAGACACUUCCUCACCACCCUCACAGACAACCUGGAGAGUGCUGAGAUGAGGUCUGCCCUGCAUCAAAAGAUUGCCCAGCUGUGAAAUGUAUUCCAAUAGAACAUUCUGAUAGACCUUUUUUACCCAUAUAAUAUUUACAUGAAAUUGAAUUCCACCCCUUUUCUCCUUAUACAAUGUUUUUGGUUGUCUAACCACUGGUUAAAAAAGACAGUGUACAUUUGUCAAAUGAAAAAAUAUAUGGUUUUGUUUUUCAUUUGGACUGUUUGCAGUGCAUGUAUUCAGGAUCUGAGGCACCAGCUUUACAGCUCUAUUUAAACAUGUCCAUUUGACCAAAUUGUAAGACUCUCAUCAUGACAUAAUUAGUUUGAUUAUUUUAAUUUCUUCAGGCAUCUGUGCAUAACUCCACUUUUACUGAGGCAAGGAUUUAGUCACUAGCACACUCAGCCCUUUCCCCCCAUAUAUCUCAGCUAAUUUUUAAAAUAACCCCCCCUCGGCACCACCCAUAGGUUCUUUCUGCCAAAACACACCAGUAAUCACUCAUUUCCAGCAUUGAGAUUCAAAGGACAGGCACUUUCUUAUCUAAAUGCACUGAGAGGGGGUGGUGGGCUGAUGUCUUAGAGUGACUGUGCCUACACGUUCAUUCGUGUAAGCUUGUCAGUAAAAUUGAUUCUAUGCAUAUAAAAUUAGUUUGUGGACUUUGAAGUCCUAUGCUUGUGCUUUCAUAGAAUUGACUUUGCACAUUUAGACCAGUUAUUAAAAAUGUAAACAGCCAAAUGGAAAGCUGAAAUUCACAAAACCUUCCCUGCACUUGAUUAUUUCAUUUGCUGAUGCAUCUUGUUGGUCUUGCUUAAAUUGUGUAUUACCAGUUUUUCAGAGAUAAAGAAAUCUAGGAGCACCCAUCUCAGUGAAUGCCUCCAGGCUGUUUCAUUCAUGCAUUUUUUUACUUUGUUUAUGGAGCUUUUUAACUAUCACAGUUGGCUUAAAUAAAAUGUGUUU